GUGGCGGCGCGGCCGUUCCGGGCCGUUGUCACUGACGCUCCGCGGUCGCCGGGGGCUGUCGGCGCGGAGCCCGGCCCCGGGAUCAUGGGUGAACUAACUGAAUGUUAUGCAUAGUCCCUUAAAAAUGAAAACAAGAUUUCAGUUACAGCGAGAACAUAUUGACUGAAGCAUGAUAGUUGUGCUGACUUGCACUUCCUGCCAAUAAAUAAGGAUGUAACAUCUGAUAAUGUAAGUCAUCAAGUGAGACAAAACUGGAUCGAAAUACAGGGGAUGCUCUGGGAAGAUUCUGAAAAUGGAAUGGGGAGGAGAGUGUUCUCCUGAUUCUUCUGAUUUAGACUGUUUGUUGAAUGUCCUUCCUGGGGAAUUGGAGUUUCAAGAAAUCCUUAGUGAUCUUGAUGAAAAAAUAAAGAAGAACUCUUCUAGCAUAGAACAGUGUCUUAAAGACCUGCAAUCAGAAGUAAAUGAAAUAUCUGCUGAUGAAAUACUACAAAGCACAACUGACUGCGUUCAGUGGCUAAACAACUGCAAUUUUAGUUCUCUCAGACCUUCUUCUACACACCACGGAGAGCUGCUGGAGUUCCUUAGGACCCUGCAAAACUUGCUGAAGAAUGAGCAAAAUCAAGAAGAAAUGAUACUCCAUUUCCUUCUGGAUCUCGCGAGUCAGUGUGGUGUCUCGUUUCCCUGUACUCCAAGCGGGACGUGUUUUGAGUUAACAUCUUCCCUUCAUGCCAUUGAGGAUGAUUCAGCUAUGGAUGUGAAAUCUCUCUGGGAUGAUGUGAGAUUGCAUCUUCGACGAUAUUUAGUAAAUAGACUGCAGAGUCAAGGAGAAACAAAUGCUAAUGGUUUGCAACAGCAAGUGGAGUUUAAAACUCAGUGCAUACAGCAACUUUUGUUUCUUUAUCCUGAAUCAGAAGUUUUAAUGAAGUAUCAGAGUAUGCAGAAUAAACUGGUUAGUGAUCUUCUACAGAACUGUAUUUUGUCUGGUUGUGGUGAAACAGAUUUUGAUAAGGUGGUUCAUGGUUACCAAAGCUCUGUACCCACGUUGUGCUCAAUGAUAAAAGAGGAUUUGUGUAUACUAAGUGGAACUAUUGAUCCUUCUUCAUCACUGAAGUUUAUUAAUGAAACUUACCUGGAUACCAUCACUGAAGAAAUGACAGUUCUUCUUGAAAGACUGUGUGAGCUGCAGUUCAAAGAAAAUGCUCUACAUGUAGUUAAAGCAAACAGGAUUUCAAAGAAGCAUAGAGGAACAGUUCAUGCUGUGGCCUCCCAAGAACACCACAAAAAAGGAAGGAACUUCUGCUUAACAUUAUAUCAACUCAAAUGUCUUUCUCAAAUUACCAAACUCUUUUUAUUAAUGGAAGAAAAAAUGGAAGAGGUCUCUGCAGAAAUUCUGUUGGUGCCUUCACUUACGGAGAAGAAAAAGAAUGUUCAAGGAGUUCUGAAGAAAGCUAGUGGGGAGCUUUUAAUAGGAGAAACUAGAGCAAAUGAAACCAGUGUGCUUCCUGAACAGUUACUUCAGGUAGAAGAGCCUAUUUUACUGAAUUUUGGCUGGAGAAAUGCAUUUAAAGACCUGUCUGCUUCUAUGGCUCGCUGUAUAACAAUAGCAGUCGAGGAUUUUUCAACUAAAAUUCUUCAACAUGAGCAGAAAGAAGAGUUUUCAGCUUCAGGCUAUGCAAUGAGUCUUGUAAACAACCAGCAAAUGAGGGAGUCCUGCGGAGCAGUCCAACAGGAGGAGCAACCAAAACGAAUUGCUAAGUUUUGUUCUGACAUCAUGGAAGAACUUGACACAUUGCUUCCAUUGGCUCUGGCAUGCAGAGAUGAUUCUCUUCAGGAAAUUAGAGCAAACUUUGUAGAGGCCUGCAGCAAAGUGGCAACAGCUGUCCUGGCAAGACUGGAGGAGAAAAGCAAAGAUGUUCCCUCCAAGGCUCCCCUGCAAGACUUGUGUGCUGCCCUUUCCACAGCGAUGUAUGUCUCUCAGCAUUUUACAAUGUAUAGCAAUUUAAUGAGAGAAACGAGCAAAAAACCCCUGUUCCUAGUGCCUGUCCAACAAUAUCAGGAAUUCAUCAACACUCUUCAGUUUCAAGUUACGAACUACUGCGUCAGAGUUUGUGCUACAAGCAUUUUACAGGAUGCCGAGAGCCACCACUGGGAUGACUACAAAGCUUUUUAUGAGGGGGAAAGAUGCUCAUUCUCUGUCCAGAUGUGGCAUUACUUCUGCUGUGCUCUUCAUCAUGAUCUGUGGACUAUUCUACCUCCCAAGACAGCCCAGGAGAUUCUUACAGAUGUACUAGAACAAUCUUUGGCUAUGCUGUGCUCCAGAUAUUGUCAGGCCUGCCCCAGUUACAAGAGAACACCACAGAUCAGAAUUGAUAUUGCAGCAAUUUUGAUGUCUACUGAAGAUAUGCUCUGGUCAGUUUGCAGCUCUGUACAGGAGUUUCUGAGUCCACAGGAAGACAGAGAUCUCAAGAUCUGUAAAAUACAUAGCCACUGCAAUAGUCUGCUCUCUGUGCUGGCUAUUUUAACUGCACCACUGAAGAAUUUGUAUGAGACAUUUCUGAACAAUUCUGAUGAACAUCUUCCUCAAGAUUUUUCAAAGGUGUUUUAUCAUCCAUUACACUGGUUAUUUUGCAUACCAUCAUCCUGUUCUUCCUUACCUAAGACUCCAUCAGCCAGAGAAAUGGCAGCCCAGGGUCAGCUGAAACUGCUCUUAUCCCAGCCGUACUGCAAUUUGAACUUGCUUUUGGAAACAUUGCUACAUCAUGAUUGUCUCUUAGUGAAAAUUUUACUGAGAAGUUCAAGAAAUGAAGUAUUGAAUCGUGAUGAAAAAAGUUCUCUCCUAGAACAGAUAAAUAACAGAGAGCCUACUCUGAUUGAAACAAUCUUCACAGUAUUGUCUUACUGCACUUUAUCACCCAAAUCUCUUGGCAUUGCUUUUGAGACCUACAUGGAAAAAGAGCACUUGUGGAAUUACUUAUACAAUAUGACAGUUUCCAGUUGUGGUGAGUUGGAGCCAGAGGUUAUCAGAUGCUUGAAGUUGACUUUGAUUAAUUCAGUCAAGGGUAUAGUGAAGCAGAUGAUUUCUUUGAUGCAUUCAUGGGAGGCAACAGAAAACUAUGGAAUGUACCAGCACAAGCAAAUAGUUCUUGAAAGUUUACUGAAAACGGUUCCAAAGGAAUGGAAUUACACUCCUCAGGAAAUGAAGAGGAAAGAGUCUGGGAAAUGCUUCACAAGGCUUGCAGCUCAGGCAGUAUCUAUUGUAAUCAGCAAGUUACCUACAGUGAUUGCAUGUUUGCCUCCCCCAAUUAAGUACUUCUUUUUUCUGGCUGAGAGAAAAAUGUCAAGAAACUUUGCUGAAUUGAAGAAAGCUGGCCUGCUUGUCUGGAACUUGAUUGUAAUUAUAUGUCGGAUAUUUGAGGAUGGAAAUACUGCAGAACUUUUAACAGGUGCAACACUUGACAGAUGGAGCAAAGAAAAACUCAGUUUAGUUCGUGUGUGCUUAGAAAGUAUUAUGGGAAAACAGAAAAGUGGUCCUAAGCAAGUGACCCAGAAGGUUAUACAAAGCAUUGAACAGCAAAGACCAAACUGGAUUGAAAGCCAGUUGCUGAAGGCAAGAAAAUUGAGCACAGACUGUGCCUCAGUCACAGUAGAAGGUGCAACGUUAGGGGAAGGAGGUAUUGCACUUGGAUUCACUGAGCAGAAAAUAAACAUGAUGGUCCUGGAUAUCUGCCACAAACCAGGUGGCAGCGAGUACCUGAGGCAAAUUUAUCACAUCAUCCGGCUCAAUGAGGAAUAUUUGAAAGAGCAGCUGUCCUGUGAGAAUUCUUCUGAAGAUGGUGUUGCCCCUGGUCCGGGCCUGUCUUUGACACUGAAGUGCAGGGAAGAGCAGCCUGUCUUCAACCCUUUCCAGGUGUACAGGCAAUCUUGUGCAAAAGUGUUCAAUCAGUCAACCAUUACUGAAUGGAACUGGGAUUGGUCAAACUUGCUGCCAAGUUAUUUGGGAGUGAAUCAGAUGACCUUCAGGAUGCUGCUGGCACACAGGUGGGAGAUGAAAGAAGGUGCCGAUCUUGAAGAUGAGGAGAAAGUUAUGGUGGAACACUUGAAAAAUGUUUAUUUGACACAGAGCACUCCUAUCUCAGAGGAUAAAGAAGAAUCAUUACCUUGACAGGUUUCGGGUAGCACCUUUUUCUGAAUUCAACAUGAUUAACUUAAUGGCUUAGUUAUAACUGACAGGACUAGAAAGCUCAGGAAUAUAUAUCCUGAGUAGGAGUUUUAAGCUAAAGAAUGUUCCCCUGUUAUUGUCUAGUCACCCCAUCCAGGCAGCAAUUGUUCACACAUGCAUAAGGCGAGCAACAAUAUAUGAAAAUGUCAAUGUCACAAAACAAGGAGGGUGUAUCUCGAUACUGCGGAGGCAUAAACCUGAAUGACAAACCAAGAACUGUUUUAAAUGUACAAAAAUCACUCUGAAAAUAAUGCAACUUUGGACACGUGCUAAGCAAACAUCUAUGCUCUGCUUCCAUCAAACAUUUUGGAGUCAGAGUCAGCCUGCCCUCCAUUAGCAUCACUCAAGGACCUAUUCUCCCCCUUGGUUCUUGUGUUCUAAUUAUCCCUGCCAUUAAAUCACCCAAAAUGGAUGAAAAAGGACAGGUAUAGGCCCUAGACUGCAGUCCUUUGUGAGCUGCUCCAGGAUGAGCAUGCUUAGCCAUUAUUCCCAAGCAAAACUGCAUCAGCUUUAUUGCCCUCGCAACUCCUCACUUAACAUCCAGUGUAUGUUACGGCUUAAAAGAUGCAUUAUAGAGAAACUUAUUAGCAGCUUUUAAAGUUUUGAGAAGUAUCUUUUUAUCUAAAAGAGUUAUCGACAGGCAGUGCUCAAAGGACUAUCUUAACAGUGAACUGAGAAGAGAACAUGGUAAAGACUGCAAUAUUUAUUUCUGAUAAAUAUAGUAAAAUUUAAUUUUCAAAGUAAGCCCGGUCUGAUAUUCAGAUUUUCCAAACAGUAAAUGUUUUUUCUUUUUUAGAAAAAGUUCUUCAUCAAAGGCUGCUAAUAGCUGAGUUUGACAGGUGGCUACUCUCACAAUAAUUUUUAUACAGAAGGUGUGGUUAGUAUUUCCUUAGCUCUACAGAAAUAAUCCAUCAUUUUUCUAUUUGUCUCUUGCACUGGAAGUCCAAGGGAACUAUUUCCUCUGCUUGAUGAAGGACCCUGGCAAGAUCUUGCUAAGGCUGCAAUCUGAGCUGCAGCUAUUCCCGUUCCCACCACUUCUUCUCACAGAUGCUAUUAUGGACAUAACUCAGGCCACCUGAAUAGGAGGAAGGCACAUUUUUUUCCUAAAGACUUCAGCAGCAUCAUGGGUAACCAUAAUGCUAAUGCUGCCGCAGGGUCUAAUCUGAAAUGCAGUUUUUCCUACUCUUAAUUGCUCUUUUUUUUUAAUCGUGCAUAUAAAAUAUCAGACCAUUUAAAAUAAAAAUGGGACUGCUGCAUCUUACAAAUCUCCAAAGAUCUUGUUAUAACACUGCAUCAACAAAAGGGCUGUGAGGCACUGGUGCUUCAAAAAUGCUACAAAUAUUAUUUAAAUAAUAAAAUGGACUUUUUUUUCUCUGCUGCUUGGUAUAGUAAUUUCAGAUCAUAAAGAAGUGAUGAAGUGUAAAAACAAUUUUUCUUUGCUUUGAAGAUUAGUUGUGGUCUUAAGGCUUAAAACGUGGCUACAGUGAUUGCCUGUGAUGUCAGGUAUAGUAUUCUGGCAAAUAAGGCAGAUAUGCUCCAAGUCGUACUAAUAAUAUAUUAGUGUAUGUGGAAGCUGGAGUUUAGAAUACUCUCUCCUAUUUUAUCAAAAUCCAUUGUACGUAAUUAACUUUUUUGUAUGGUCACAUAAAGUGAAUUUCUGUCUAUGUGAUGAAACUGACUGAAAUACUUUUUAUGAAAAAACUCCCCUUCUGGGAAACAGUUAUUCUGAAUAGGAUAAACUUUGCAAGUGAAAUAAGGUAACCCAGAAUAAAACUCCUCACUUACUCUGAAAUGGGAAUGCCCAUAUGGGAAGUUAUUCCAAACUGGUUAUUAUCCUUUAAAUUCACAACACACCUGGUUCUGGAAUAACCUGUAAACAGUCAUGUUAAAAAAAGAAAAAAAAAAAAAAUUCUUUAUGCCCCUUCCUCCCUGCCAGAUUAAUUCAGCAGUAACCCACUGGGUUGCGCUAGGACAAUUUUGUCUUUCUUAGCAAGAGUAUCUUUAUAAUCUUUACCAAUGUGGAGCUGAAAGGGCAGAAUAACUAGCUGGAAUAAAAGCUGAACCUUUACACAAUAUUUUUUUUUUAAUGUUUUUCUUAUCCAAACCUCUCUCUAUAUACAUCUUUUAGAGUAUCUGAAUGAAAGCUAAUGUAUGUUUGAAAUUAAACUUGUUCUCAGUCCUUACUGAGAAACAGCAGGGCUCGGUCUGUUGGCAAUGUAGUAUCAACUGACCUUCGGGGUAUAAAAGAAACAUCAUCUUGGCAACAUCACUUAUGCUGAAUAGAUACUUUUGCAACAUUCACAUUUGUUCAAUAAAAUUGCAGUAAUAAUAACAGUUGUAUAACUAAGAUUGCUAACCAUUAAUUUAUCAAGACUGCUUACUUUAAACUUAAACCUUUAAUUGAAGAAAAAUGAAAGACACUUGAAAGAGCUGAUAAUUUUUACAUUGUAAGGUGUGUAAAAUUAGGGUACUUGUAUAACAGAUUGCUGCUUUCUUUGGCUUUUCUUAAUAAAACAAUAGUUCUGUAUUCUUUUAAAAAGUUCUGCUGAUUCUAAAAUUAAGAUUAAUUUCAUUAUGGAGAGUGACGGGCUCUUGUUUUGCAUCUUGUUCAAUGGUUUGCUUUUGUGUUUUAUGUCCUGGCUCUUUGUCACUACUUAUGGAUCCAAGAAUGUCUCACAUUUACAUUUAACCUCAAUAAAUGCAGCCAACGGGAGCCAGAUUUGCUGGCUGCAGUCUGGGCCCUGUGUUGCAUGACCAGUGCAACCUGGCCAUGUUAACCGCCCCUGGAAAGGUAGUCAAAAAUAAGGAUUAAAGUCUGUUGUGUACAGCAGACCUUCCUGAAUGGGCAAAAGCUGGCCUAGCUGGCUCAGCUGAGUUAGCUUAAAUGGAAAUUAUUAUAUUUAUAGAAAUGAAUUGGAUCAGAUAGCACAAACUAGCUAACUGUGCAUUAUGAUUAAUGCUUAUACAUUAUUUUAAUUUAACAUUUUAGUAUGCUUAGCCUUUUUUACGAAACAGGGUUAAAUGGAAGACUUCAUGGCAUGGAAUAUCUCUAAUUACAUUAGUUUAGUAUCCAGUUCAGAGUGCUCCAAAUCUUAACAUCUUGCUACUUUUGAAAGGUAGUUAAUAAAAUUAGAAGCAGGGCAAAAUUGAAAUAGCAUUAAUAGUAAUGAAACUCAGAAAGACAGGAGAGAGAGAGAGAAUUUUCUAAAAGAUAUGCAUUAAGACAUAGCCCUGACUUUUAGUGACUGCUGUCCUGACAAACAGUGUCCUGUAGAUCAUGAUUUUUUAUUCCAGGAGAGGGCUUUAGUAGAGACUGCAGGCAACAAAGGUAUUUGUUCAGGAAAUACGCACGGCAGCAAAUGGAUGUUCUCUAAUUCAUCUCCACAUCCUCACAGCAGUGCAAGGUAGGCAUGAGGCUGGCUUCUUCCAAUUAGCUUCCUCUGACAGAAAUAUUCCAUUUCUCUCUCAGCUGGGAUACCAAUUAUAUGCUGAUAUAAAACUAUUUUAUGGAACUCCUUAAAAAUAUGCACCAUCAUUUUUAGUGACAGACACUAUUCAAACUUCCAAGGCAAUAGUCGAAAGACUGAGGAAUUAGACCCAUUGCCCAAUUAGGCAUGAAAUGAGAGAGUAACUUGAUGGCAACGGGGAGAUUUCUAAGCGAGCAUAUAGAUCUUGAGGAGAUCCUGGAUGAUGCAAAGCUGUUUCUCCGUAGUAAUUAAUGGUCCAUGCUGUAAACAGUGGUAUGAGUGGAAGCAGAAGCUCUAAAACUAUUUUAAGUGUAAGGCCCAGGAAACGGGCAAGGGUGACUUUGCUUUUUGCUCUACCUUUGGACUCCCAGCUCUUGGGAAGUAGACUGAGCUGACCGACAUUGCCAGGCAGGCAGCACAAGGAAAGCAUGCAACGUCUUGAGCAGGUUGUGUAUCACUGAGGGCCUGGUAACACCCAUCAGCAAAAUGAUGAAGGAAUGAGAUUACUCCUCUCUAGCAACAGCAUUUGAGUACUGACUGGUAGCUAUUAUUGCAGCAAGUGAAACAAUGAAAUAGAGGUGGCAAAAAACACUAAAAAGCAAGGAAUUGUGUAGACAAAGAAAUAUAAAUCCAAACCUUUUUUUUCUUUUUCCUGAACAAGUGUUUCAGGAAGAACUGCCAAUCACCGAGUAGUAAUGAAAUAAAGUGAUCAUCUGAAUUAAGAUUGUACAUUUAAAUUUAGUAGAUGACUAUCCCUAAGCUGACAAGGAGCCACUCAAGUCAUGGCUAGUUUAAAUUUAAUGACUACCAGAUUGAGCCCUUUAGAUCCAUGAGAACUUCAGCUGUGAGUAGGUUUCAACCAUCUCUGAGGAGAUACUUUAUAAUAUCUCCUACUGAAGAAAGCAUUUGAAUGUUAAAAUAGCUCAUUAUCCAGUUUCUGCGGUAAAGCCAUCCAAGCUCCAACAGAAAACAGUCUCAGCAUCUACACAGCCCUGAGUCACAUCCAUUCUCUGUCUAGAAAUGAGGCAAAGAACUGCAUAAUGGUGCUCAUAUUCAACAGGUAUGAUCUUCAUCAGUUACUAGCUCAAAGAGCAUGCCACGUCUGCCAUGACAAACUCAGGUUUCAAACUUUGUUCGUGGUAAGGCAUGUCACUUAGUCUUUUUUUUUUCAGCACAGUUUUUUUAGAAAAAUAAUUUCUUUUCAGCUAUCCCAGUAAAUAAAUACAUUGAUUAAAGUUACUCUUGUAAAGCAAGCACUCCGUCGUUAGAAAACACCUGGUGAAUGAUUACAAAUGUACCCAUGUGUGUUCCUUAAGAUAACUGUUAAUGACAUGGUCAUAUAGAUGAAUUCACUAAGGGACAGAAAUAUGGUUACACAAGUAACUUUUGUAAGUUUGUCAUUACCUAAUAUCCAACUACUUUAUUUUUUUUGUCCCAUAAUGUGUGUUUUCUAUGUAAAAAGUCUAAGCAUUUUUGGAUAUUUGGUCUCCAUAAAGAAAUAGUAUCACAUAGCUCUUCAUAUGUCAUCUUGACUCAGCUUUGUGUUCCACCUCAAUAUUGUCUUUCAACCAUUCUUAAAAUCCUUACUGGUUAAUGUUUGCUAUAAUGUAGAAAGUGGGUACUGCUGGCACUCAGUUAUACAUGGGCAGAUAAUUCAUUUUCUAGACUAACUGUCAUACAGACAUACAGAAGUGUAGGACCUAUAUGGAUCAUUAUUUCAGGUUUAGGGUUGUCUGAACGCUUCUGCUCCUAAUAUUCCACAUGCAUUUUGUAAUAUCUAUGUUUUUCCAUUGUUCUAAGCUACCUGUGUUACCUGGGAUAGUGGGAGCUAUUUGUAUGCAUUGCUUUUUGUGAUUUUUUUUUUUUUUUACUUAAACUAAGGGAUUUUGCCCUGGGUUUUAUUUCAGGUACUCUGAACUUGUAAUUUACACUUGGAAAUCCAUAGCAUAUCUGUUUUCAUAAUCUACAAACACCUAUUUACAUAUCUAUCAAUAAAUCCUAUGCUUUCUCAAACCCAGUACAGAGUCUUAGAGAACCAAGAAUUCAAUAAAUGUAAAAUUCAAACCAA